UUUUACUGCUUCAAUUUGAUCAGAUAUUUGAAAAUUUGAAUAACGUUUGGAUUAUUUUUUUGAUGGUAUAAUGAUGUUGUUUGUAUUGGUCAGAUGAUUACGAUGACACCUUCAGAUUCUCUAGAUAUAAUAAGGACUCUGCGAAUGGCUGGGUAUGCAUUGAUUAUCUUAGGAACAGCACAACAUCAGUGGUUUAACUUUAUGGGGAGAGUAUUACCAAAGAGAGAUGUUGUUUCUACCUUGAAGAAAUUGUUGCUAGGGAAUUUCGUUUAUGGGCCUGUCAUUAAUUCUGCUUUCUUCUCUUUCAAUGCAGCUCUACAAGGUGAAAAUGGAGAGGAAAUUGCUGCAAGAUUGAAACGAGACCUGAUCCCGACAAUGACUAAUGGACUUAUGUACUGGCCAUUGUGUGAUUUCUUGACAUAUAAAGUAGUCCCUGUCCAUUUGCAGCCAUUGGUUAAUAGUUCAUUUUCAUAUGCAUGGACUAUAUAUUUGACAUACGUUGCAAAUUUGAAGAAAGUUUCUGAUUAAUUUUCACG